AUGGCAAGGCAGACGUCCGCGUCCGGCUUUGAUAACGACGACAUUGUCAUUGCAACACAUCCGCAUCAGCCGUCUGCAGCAACGUUCAGGUUUCCAAAGCAAUCGUACGGAACGAAACUGAGAAGCUUCCAACCUUCUUGGUUUGAGAAAUGGCCAUUUCUCCACUACGAUGAAACGAAUGACGCCGUCUAUUGUCACACCUGCUUGUCAGCCCAUUUCAUGAAGAAGGUCAACAUUCCAACGGCUGACGACUCAUUUGAGAGGAUUUACAAAUUGGAAAAUGCUACAGUAUCUUUCAAGAAUCAUGAGAAAUCAGCUUGUCAUAGGGCUGCCACCGAAAUUAUAAUUAGCCUUCCUAGUACGACCAAGGAUAUUGGUAACCUGCUCUCUAAGGAGCAUGCUACCUCUAAGAGGAGAAAUAGAGCUGCCUUCUAUCAUAUUUUGUCUUCAAUACGAUAUUUGGCUAGACAAGGACUAGCAAUACGAGGCCAUGGAGAGGACAGUGAUGGAAACUUUAUCCAGUUGCUUAGACUGAAAGCAAAAGACGAUGACAAUUUGUCUUCAUGGAUGACAAGGAAAGACAAUUCUUAUACGAGCCCUGACAUUCAAAAUGAAAUAGUAGAGUUGAUGUCGUCACAUGUGUUGAGGGUUAUUGCAAAUGAUCUUCGCAAAUCUCCAUUUCUCAGUAUAAUGAUUGACGAAACAAGAGAUUGUGUCAACACAGAACAAGUUACUGUAGUUGUCAGAAUGGUUACCUAUGAGUUUGAUGUUCAUGAGCAAUUCCUGGGAAUGUAUGGUGUACCAUCCGUAGAUGCUCAGACUUUGACAACUGCGAUAAAGGAUGUUUUUGAGAGAUUUAAUUUCAUUUUUAAUAAAUUACGCGGGCAAUGCUAUGAUGGAGCCAGUGCGAUGAGUGGAGCAAAAAGUGGGGUAGCCAGGAGAAUACUUGAAAUCGAUCCAAGGGCACUGUUUACACACUGCUAUGGGCAUUCAUUGAACUUAGCUGCCUGCGAUACAAUGGAGCAGAUUAAACUCCUGAAAGAUGCAUUAGGUGUAUCUUUCGAAAUAACAAAGUUGUUGAAGUAUUCACCUCGUCGUGAGGGGAUUUUUCUAAGAUUGAAAGAAAACUUGCCAGAAAGUACAGCCACCGGAAUGAGAGUCCUUUGUCCUACAAGAUGGACAGUUAGAGCUGACUCACUUGCAAGCAUUUUGGAGAACUUUCAAGCCUUGCAAGAAACCUGGCAGGAAUCAAUUGAAGUUGCACAUGACACUGAAACCAAAGCAAGAAUUGGUGGAGUGGAAGCGCAAAUGAACACAUUUGAUUAUCUAUUUGGCACCAUGCUAGGUCACAUGGUUUUGAGACAUACCGACAAUCUUAGCAGAGCAUUGCAGGAUAAAGGUUUGUCUGCUGCAGAAGGACAGCAAGUUGCUAGAAUGAGUCUAGAGACAUUGAAGUCUUUGCGUACAGAUCAGUCGUAUGAGUUGUUUUGGCUGAAUGUCAACAAGAAGGCGGAGGAAUUGGAAAUUGGAAAACCCAUGUUGCCUCGUCGGAGAAAGAGGCCUAGAAGAUUUGAGGAAGGCGAAGAUGGGUAUCAUCAUGAAACAGUCCGUUCUUACUACUUGCAAUACUACAAUGAGACUCUCGAUGUCGUAAUCAACUGCAUCCAGGAACGAUUCGAUCAACCUGGCUAUGGAAUGUAUAGCUCUUUAGAGUCGCUCUUAAUCACUGCUGCAUUGCAGUACAAACACGCAGAUGAUGAUACUGAAGCACUUGCGAGGUACAAGUUUGAAAUGGAGGAACAACUGGAGCGAGUACGUGCCUUCUACGGCGAUGAUUUUGACAAGGAAAAGUUGAGAGGGCAGCUGGUAACAUUUAGUCUGCAUUUCCAGAAGAACACAGAGAAACUUGAGAAGGUUACAAUAUUUGAUUUAAGGCGCUACUCUUCUAGCUUGUCAUCUGCUGAUUUGGUUAUGCCAGCUACCAACGCCACCUCGGAGAGAUCCUUCAGUGCACUGAGACGUGUUAAGAACUACCUAAGAACUACCAUGUCUCAGAAAAGAUUCAAUAAUCUAAUGGUGCUUCAUGUGCAUAAAGACUAUGUCGAUAGUGAUUUGGAUCUGGAUGUCAUUCAUGACCAGUUUGUAGCAAAGUCAGAAAAUAGGCUUCGACUAUUUGGGAAGGCCAAUGAGGUUCAGUAA